AUGCCACAGCCGCUGCAGGAGUUGUUGAGGACUAGGCAGGCACUAGAGAUCAUCCCCGGGGUGCUGUACUUCGCCUCGUUGGGUGAGAAACUGCAGUCGAUUAGGGGGCAUGGCGCUGCCACGACCUCGUCGUCGUCGGCAUUAGCCUCCCGUGCCGCGCUGGCAGCAUCGACGGCUGAGUUUCUGGAAGGGCAGCGUCAAACGCCGCAGGAGGAAGAAGGCGGGCACAGAGAGUCACUGCGCGGACUACCUCCCACAGCGCAUACAAAUGUUUGUUGCAUGCGUUCAGAUGUCACUCGUUCCGUUCUUUUACGCCAAGUGCUUCAGCUUGACAACAACAGUGACGGCACAUAUGGCGGCGAGUUUGCGCACGGAGCCUUUUACUUCUCCGUGAACGAGGACCCGUCGUUUCAGUAUCGCCCCUUCUUUGCGGACUUUGGGCCGCUGGGGCUGGACGCCGUGACGCGGUUCUCGCGUUGCCUGGAGAGGCUUCUGGAGUGCUGCGUCGCGUACGGUGGGAGCGCCAACAGCAACAGGAGGACAGAGUUUGGGCCGCACAAGUUUCUGAGUGGCAACGGCCUGUGGCACCGCAGGCUGUCCGCGCCGCCCAGCCUCCCCAUUGUAUUUUGUAGCGGGUUGGACAACCACGAGCGCGCCAAUGCGGCGUGCUUGCUUGCCUGCUUUUGCGUGGCCACACUGCGUUGGUCAGCGGCGGCGACAUGGCGCGUGUUUGAGUCCCUCUACCCCCCGAUCAUUCCAUUCCGCGACGCGAGCUGCAGUAUGUCCAUGUUUCCGCUGGUGAUAUCAGACGUCAUCGCAGGCCUGGAAAAAGCCAUCGCGUUGGGGUGGUACGACGUCUGCACCUUUGACCUCGCUGAGUACGAGCGACUGCAGCGCUACAACUGUAGUUGGGUCGUGCCACACGCCUUUCUCGCCUUGUCUUCGCCCGACAACCACGUUCCUGAGCGCACCGCCGAGGUGUACGCCAAACUCUUUCAGAAGCUGAAAAUAACGCACCUGGUGCGGCUGAACGAGUCGCUCUACCGGCGAGAGACGUUCCUGGCGAACGGGGUGCAGCACUUCGACCUACUGUAUGCCGACGGCAGCGUCCCGACCGACGACAUCAUCAACCGUUUUUUGAAUCUUGUGGAGCCAGUUUUGCUGCCGCUGCAGCGGGCGAAAAGUGAACUGGAACGGAGGGUGCGUACGGCGCCGCCGCUGCAGCGGCGUCAAAAAGGCACGCGGCUGCGUCAGCAGGCGGAUGCGAGGGCCCACGGCAGGGGAGGUGCGGUUGCGCUGCACUGCCGCGCCGGCCUUGGGCGAACAGGAACGCUGAUAUGUGUCUACAUGAUGCGGCACUUUGGACUCACUGCACGGGAAAGCAUCGGGUGGAUUCGCCUGUGUCGCCCAGGGAGCGUCAUGGGCGUGCAGCAGGGAUUUCUUGAGAGGCUGGAGCGGCGAUUGUCGCGUCCUGUGAGGGACGCCGAAAUGCUCUGCGCCGAGCAAUCUAUACAAGUCUGUUUUUUUUGCCCCGCGGAUGCCAGCAGCAACUGUACGUGUCAAAUUCAUACUCCUCAACAAGUGUCAGUCACGCCCCCCUCGCCUUGGCACCUUGCGGCAGACGUGGAGGAGACGCCAGGUGACACGGCCUCCGCGCCGCCAGGACAUCCACGCAUGUCCUCCGACGAACGAAGGCUACCAGCAGGCGGAGAGGAAGCACUGCUCGUCCUGCCACGAACUCUACGAUCCCUGCGUUUAUCCUCCCCCUUAUGUCUGACUGCGAUGUCGACCAUACCCCGCAGAAGGCAGGAGAACAGAGAGGUCAACACGGAGGGGCAGGCAGCGGAGACUGGGGGGAUGAAGGGUCGUCACAACAGCUACACCGGCGUUUCCUCAUCCCCCUUGUUGCCGUUAUCACCUUUGCAUUCAGCCGUGUUCACACCGCGGAAUUUACCGUCUACGAGGGCCGCAAGCUUCACAGCACCCAACAUAAAUGCCGGCGAACGUCCUCCACAGCUCCUAAAGGGAGGACACAGACACGCACAGGAUGCUGCGGUUAGAGCCAGCGGUAAUCAUGACAUCUCAAGCGUAGACAAUGGUCGUUUGUUACGCCGGCCAACUGGGGCUGAGACUUUAGUUGGAAACAGCUCCAACUUCCGGAUUUCUCCUGUGAACGGCACCACUGCGCGGGACUUGUGUGUCUCAACGGCCUUGGCAGCUUCCGUCGAAUCCACGCCGUCGGUGGCACCACAGAUGCAGACGAAACGCCUCAUCAUAGUUGCCAGGAAAGCUGCAGCUGCAGCCGCAGCAGAAGCCUCAUUGACGGACCCCGGCUGGGGAGCGGUCGCGGUGCGGUUAGAGCCAUAG